UCAGCCUCUUCACAGCAGAGACGCGCAGAAUGGACUGUUUGCUGAGAUUUGUUUUUGACUGACGGAUUUCAGAGAGUCUCUUUUAGGGUUAAAGAGAAACAGAAGGAUACACGUUGACAAAAGACCCCUAUGAGGCUUCGAAAGUGAAGAGAGAGAACUAGUAAUAAAAGCCAUAAGAUGGACCUGAAGCUACUUUUCAUGUCAACAUUAUUCGGGAUCAUUUGUUGCAGCAGCGCGCAGCAAGAGGGCAACGAGUGCAUCAAAGCCAACGCUUUAUCCUGUGGCGAGUGCAUACAAGUGGGGGCUAAAUGUGGAUGGUGCACUGAUACAGAGUUUCUGAAGCAGGGCGAGCCGACGUCAGCACGCUGUGAUGAGCUGGAGUCGCUCAGAAAGAGAGGCUGCGACAAGAUCGAGAACCCUCACGGGAGCCAAAGGAUCCUCAAGAACAAAGCCGUGACCAACCGCAAGAAAGGAGCAGAGAAACUCCGACCCGAGGACAUUACACAGAUCCAGCCUCAGAAACUCAGCCUCAACCUCAGAGCUGGGGAACCUCAGAAUAUCAUACUGAGGUUCAAGAGGGCAGAGGACUAUCCCAUAGACCUGUACUACCUGAUGGACCUGUCCUACUCCAUGAAGGAUGACUUGGAGAACGUCAAGAACCUAGGGACUAGUCUGAUGAAGGAAAUGUCCAAGAUCACCUCAGAUUUCAGAAUAGGUUUCGGCUCUUUCGUGGAGAAGACGGUGAUGCCGUAUAUCAGCACGACUCCAGCCAAGCUCCUGAACCCCUGCACAGGGGACCAAAACUGCACCAGCCCCUUCAGCUACAAGAACGUGCUGAAACUCACCAGCAACGGGCAGCAGUUCAACAGUCUGGUGGGACAACAGCAGAUAUCUGGCAACCUGGACUCACCUGAGGGGGGGUUUGAUGCCAUCAUGCAAGUGGCAGUCUGUGGAGAUCACAUCGGCUGGAGAAACGUCACUCGUUUGUUGGUGUUCUCAACAGACGCAGGUUUCCAUUUUGCCGGCGAUGGCAAACUAGGUGGAAUCGUGCUUCCCAAUGAUGGGAAAUGCCACUUGGAAAACAACGUGUACACCAUGAGCCAUUAUUACGAUUACCCAUCCAUCGCCCACCUGGUUCAGAAACUGAGUGAAAACAACAUCCAGACCAUCUUUGCAGUUACAGAGGAGUUUCAGCCUGUUUACAAAGAACUUCAAAACCUGAUCCCAAAGUCUGCAGUCGGGACGCUUUCAGCAAACUCCAGCAAUGUUAUCAAUCUUAUUGUUGAUGCCUACAAUUCUCUUUCUUCAGAGGUGAUCCUUGAGAACAGUAAGCUUCCUGAAGGAGUGACCAUCACCUAUCAGUCGCGCUGUAAGAACGGAGUGGUGAAUGAGGGAGAGAACGGAAGAAAGUGCUCUAACAUCUCCAUCGGAGACGAGGUAUCAUUCAACAUUAAUAUCACGGCUCAAGGCUGCCCCAAACAAGGCAAACCUGAAAGCAUUAAGAUCAAGCCCCUGGGCUUCACUGAGGAGGUGGAGAUCUUGCUCAACUUCAUCUGCGAGUGUGAAUGUCACAAGCACGGCAUCAAGAACAGUGACAUGUGUCAUAACGGCAACGGCACGUUUGAGUGUGGAGCCUGCAGGUGCAAUAAGGGACGUGUGGGCAGGCAGUGUGAAUGUCGAAAAGACGAGGUGUCCACCGAGGACCUGGACAAAAACUGCCGCAAGGACAACGGCACGGACAUCUGCAGCAAUAACGGCGAGUGCGUGUGUGGCACCUGCGAAUGCAAGAAAAGAGACAAUCCUGAAGAGCGCUACAGCGGCAAAUUCUGCGAGUGUGACAACUUCAACUGCGACCGCUCCAAUAAUAAACUCUGCGGAGGACACGGCCGCUGUGAGUGCAGGGUGUGUAUCUGUGACGCUAACUACACGGGAAGCGCGUGCGACUGCUCUCUCGACACCUCCACCUGCUUAGCCUCCAACAAGCAGAUCUGUAACGGCAGAGGGAACUGUGAGUGCGGGACCUGCAGGUGCACCGACCCCAAGUUCCAGGGGCCCACCUGUGAGAUCUGCCCCACCUGCCCCGGAGUCUGUACUGAGCACAAGGAGUGUGUGCAGUGCCGGGCGUUUGGCACAGGAGAGAAGAAAGACACGUGUGAGAGAGACUGUAGCUACUUUAACCUCAUCAAGGUGAAGGACAGAGAUAAACUCCCUCAGCCGGUGCAGGCCUUCCCCCUCAUGCACUGCAAGGAGAGAGACGCCAACGACUGCUGGUUCUACUACACCUACGCCGUCAACAACACGGAGAAGGAGGUGCAUGUGGUGGAUGCUUUAGAGUGUCCGGCGGGUCCUGACAUCAUUCCCAUCGUAGCGGGCGUGGUCACAGGCAUCGUUCUGAUUGGUCUAGCUCUGCUCCUGAUCUGGAAGCUGCUCAUGAUCAUUCACGACCGCCGCGAGUUCGCCAAGUUUGAGAAGGAGAAGAUGAACGCCAAGUGGGACACGGGAGAGAACCCCAUCUACAAGAGUGCCGUCACAACUGUGAUCAACCCCAAAUAUGAAGGCAAAUAAUGGACGUGGGUAUCACACACGUGAAUGUUUGGGAAGGGAUAGGUUUGCAGAUAUCCUCAGUUUUCCUUGAAAUUGUUUAUUUUCUCAUUGUAUGUCAUUCUUUUAGAACAGUAUUGUAGCUUUGUAGUAGUAUUUUAUGACGGACUGGCUGCUUCUCAUCCCUUGCAAAUGUGUACAGUUUGUAUAAUCUUUUUAUUUACAUCAGUUGUUCUUCUUUAAACCCUGUGUACAUUCACACAUUCUCUCUUUUCAAACAGAACAGACAUGUGUGCCUUUGCAUCAAGUGUUUCACUUUAAGAUACGGUGCAAAGGGAUCCUUGAAUCCCACCCAAAAAUUGCAAAAACUCAUCAAAUGUAAUUUAAAAUCAUCAUAUGAAUUUUUGUUUAUAUUCUAUCAUGUUCUUUCUGCAUUCAGACUUCUUCGUCAGUCAUAUGUUGGCAUAAAAAAUUAUCUGACCAGUGUAUAUGCAAUUUAUUUUUUGCGCUAAUGUAAGUUUGGUUUGAUAUGCUAAUAAUCUAUGCAUAUUUGUUUACUGUCGAAUGCAUCCAAAAAUCGUAUUGUUGCUCUUAGAAAACCAUUAUGGCACUUGUCUUGUGUUCAGCUGAAAAUAUCUGUGUAGUUUAUAUGUUAUGAAGGAUUAUUUGUUGAAUUAUUACUUGGCUCCUGAUGACUAUCAGUGUAUUCAGGUGAUAUCCUGUAGUUUUUAGCCAAAUGUUCUUAAACCGCUCAUUAGAAAUGAGCACAAUUAUCGAUACCUGCAGAUUUCAAAUAUGUUUUCAGCUAGUAUAUUUUAUUAAAAAAAAGAAAAAAAAAGGAAGUGUAAUAUUUGAACAGUUGCGUAUUUGUCAAAGAUAAAGCUCUUUGUUGAUAAGACAAUAAUCUGGAGAAAAUGAAGAAUUAGAGUAGUUUUGUGUUCAAAUGUUGAUAUGCUCAUAGGUACAACAACCCUUUAUUUUUAAUUAUUUUACUGGAACGUAAUCAGCAGGUUCAGUCAUUUAAAUCUACAGGAAUGCUUGACACAAUAAUAAAUAUCAAGCUGAAGGAUGAUAAACAGAUGGCCUGCCACAACACCCAAUCUACUAGCUCUUUUCUAAGUGCCUUUUUCUGGUUUUCUCAAUAUUGCAAUUUUGAAUUUAUUUAUUAAAACAAAAUCUAAAA